AUGUCGCUUAAUGGGUUAGAUGAUCCCGCUGUCAUCGAAGCCUAUCAAUCUGCCUUGACCGAGGCUGGAGGAUGGCUCCUGCUCAAAUACUCAUCAAGAGAUGAAGUGACACUACUCAGCCGAGGCACAGGCGGUGUGCCCGACGUCCGGGUCGCCGUCGAAGGCUACGAGGAGAAAUCGCCGCUGUACGGCUUCCUGCAGUAUCGGAGGAGGAAAGUCGUGCUCAAAUAUGUGCCUGAUGGAGUCUCUAGGCUGAUACAAGCCCGUACAACUGUUCAAUUUCAGUCGAUCCUCGAUAAAUUCUCCCCACAAGAUACAACCUUUGAAUUCAAAGAGGCGACCGACCUCACUGAAAGCGCCUUGUCGUCUGCCUGUCUUCUCCAUGCCGCAUCUGGGUCGAUGACGUCUUCCUCUAGCUCCCUUCGCCGACGUCGCUUGAUGGAGAUCGUCGAGGAUGCAGAGGAGGGAGGACCGCCCGUUAGGACUGAAUUGGAGUCGCCGCUGUCAGAAGAUUCUUCCAAGAGGCUCAGUCAGGCAUCCGAUGCGACAGCAGUGCCUCCCCCGCCAACACCAGGCGGCGAAGAAGGCCCGGCCGAAUCGCCCACUGUGGCCGAUGACGAAGCGGAGACAAAGUCGGUGCAUUCUGUCUCGCGAAGACGAUUCCUCGAUCAGUUAGCCCAGCAACCGUUUGAGCACCGAAGUUCCACUCAAUCCAUGCGCCCGUCUCUCCAGGAACUGGGCUACUCGACGUCAUCCCGGCAAAAAGUCAAACUGGGGCCGCGCCCGUCUGUGGACAUGAACGGUCGACCGCGGACCGCUGGAAGCAUGUCUCGUAACCAGGAUCAGCGCCCAGUCGCAGCCUUGCCCCCGGGGGUUCGUCCACGGAAACCGCCUUUAGGCCCUGGUCGACCCAAGUCCCAGCCUGAUGCGAUACCCGUGCCGACCCUGGCCUCCCUUAAGAAUGCGCCACCGAUGCCCAUACUGAUUCCGCCACCUUCUAUAUCGGUACCGCGACCGAAGCUGUCGCCCGGGGCCAAGUCAAUGAACGCACUCACAUCCUCGGGCAUGUCUCCUGAAAAACAGCGACUUAUGAGAGCGCUUGAACUCCGGAAAAAGCAAAUGGAAAAGCGGACAAAGGAUCUGCAAAAGAAAGACGAGAAACGCAAGAGCGCCACCGCCGAAGUUAUUCCGGCCGAUGCUUUGGAGAACAAGGAGAAUAUAGACCACGCUCAGACGACGAAGUUGUAUCCUGUUGAGGAAGCCAAACCACCCAAAAUCGAAGCUACCAAAGUUGAGACUGUUAAGCAAGUAGCCACUGUGACUACGACGGUUAUUGAAGAGAAGAAACCGACCACGGCAGAUCUGGCCAAAGCGGACUCGGCCGUGGCAAUGUCAACGGUCGCGCGAGAAGAUACUGCGGAAGACACCGUGGAAGACAAUGCACCGGAGGAUACUACACCUAAAUACACUAUACCGGAAGAUACUAUACAACAAGAUACUGCGCCGGAAAACAACAAGUCAGAAGACACUGCGUCCGAUGACACUGCACGAGAAGACACUGCGCCGCAAGAUGCUCCACAACAGGAUACUGCGCCCAAAGACAACAAACUAGAACCUACUACGUCGGAGGAUAGUGCAAGAGAAGAUGCUGCGCCGGAAGACAAUAAACUAGAAGACACCUCGUCAGAGGACACUGCACGAGAAAAUCCUGCGGAAGAAAAUGCGCCAGAAGAUGCUGCACCAAAAGAAAACAACCCUUCAGUGCAAACACCCGCAGAACUCCUCGUUACUACACCCCAGGCGCAGGAUAAAGUCGUGGAACCACACCCUGAACAAAUCCCGGAACCUGCAACCCAACCCUUGAUUGAAGAAGAAGAUACGACCGACGAUUCCACAGCACCCGAGAAGUUUAGCGACAGGACGGACGACGAAAAAGCAACUACUGCAAGCACAUCCGAGCCCGAUACCGCUCUCGAGGACAUGGCCAAGCCCGACGAAGAGCAAAGCAUACAGUACGAAGACGACGACAGCACGCCGACAGCGUCAGAGGCCAUCCACUCGGUCGCGUCUAGCAGCUUGGGCUCACAGGACGCCAUCGUCGCAGGCGCUCCCGAGGCAGAUGAGACGGCGCCUAAGGAGGUCCCCACCACCACCGACGCCAUCACCAACACCGCUAGCCAGGUUACACUAGCGGACUCCACAGCGCCCCUCUCGCUGCCCCGAGGCGAUGAGAAUAAUCAUCGUCUCUCUCGGCAGAAAAGCAAACGCAUUGCGCUGUUGGACCCCAUCCUGGUGCCCACCCCGGACUUGUCGGAUGAAGACAACUUGCUGUCGGACGAUUCAUUCAUGGAGGAGCUGAAGUCAGCCACCUUCCAGGAGGCCAAGCCUGUGUCCGUGGGCAAAGGGCCCCUGUCGCCCGACGGCGAGCCGCGUACGCCCUUGGAGGCAUGGCAGACGCGCGCUGUGUCCAACCCAGGUCGUCGUCCCAGCGAUCUCAGUGUCAUGCCUGUGGUCGGACGAUCUAUCUCAGCCACAUUUGCUGGCGGAGACGAACAGGCGGGGCCUAUCCCCGUGGUGACGGCGAAGAAAGUCAAUGUGUCUUCUGGCAUUUCCAAGCGCAUCAAGGCGCUGGAGAUGUUCUCGGGUAACCGUGAUGGUGUUUCUAGUCCGACGCUGGCCGUGCCCCCGACCAACGGCCUCCCAUCCCCGACUGCAACAGCAUUCGAAAAAUUCCGCAAGCGAGCUUCAGUGUCGAUGGGCGGUAGCCUGCCCCCCUCAGCGGCGCCCUCGGCGAGAUCGUCUUUCAUCGGACCGUCCCCCGAUACCGCAAACCCUCCCUCGUUGGGCCGAAAAGAAUCGCAAUCCGUCUCGGUCACGGCCCGUAUCGUUCGGAAUCCUCGCACACCCCCGACGGACGUGAAUGCGGACCCCAUCGAAUCCAGCGUACUCAAUCUUCAACGCAGCCCCCUGAUCGUCGAGCACAAUUCUCUAGAAGAAGCGGACCGGAAGUCGAACGGCGUGCCUGAGCGUCGUCCUACCCUUUCAUCGAGGGGCUUGAGCCGUAGCUCAACUGAUACUACAACUGCUCGCUCUGAGAGCCGGGGCUCUUCUCGCUCUCGGCUGGAUGAUCUGAGCUCCGAGGAAAAGAGAGAUUCGCGUACGUCUCGAUUUAUUCGACGGAUGUCCUCCCUUACCUCGCCCCGUAAAAAUCUAAUGAGUCCACCUGGAAUAGACAGGCUACCACCGCCACACACCGAGGAAGAAACCCAGCACGCCGCCCCCAAGGCCGUCGACAUUGGCGAAGUCAACGUACAGUUCCCCGACACCUUGCUCUGGAAGCGUAGGUUCCUGCGUAUCGACCACCAGGGCUAUCUGGUCCUUACGCCAGGAAACACAGAUGCCGGAUCACGCAAUAUUGUCAAGCGAUACCAUCUAUCGGAAUUCCAAACCCCGUGCCUACCGGAUGAAGAUCGCCAAGAGCUGCCUAAUAGCAUUUUGCUGGAUUUCCGAAACGGCAGCACACUGCAAUGCGCCUGCGAAUCAAGAAAAGGGCAGGCUGCCGCUCUCCAAACUCUCGUCGAUGCUCACAAUGCCCACCAUCAUUAA